AUGGCAGACUUGGCGCUCUCUGGCUUAAGGUGGGCAUCAUCGCCAAUCAUCAACAAGCUCCUAGCUGAUGCUACAGCUUACCUCAGCGUGGACUUGGUGCGUGAGCUCCAAAAACUAGAAGCCACUGUCCUGCCACAGUUUGACCUGGUGAUUCAAGCGGCAGAGAAGAGCUCCCACAGGGGCAAGCUGGAGGCAUGGAUCCGGAGGCUCAAAGAAGCCUUCUAUGAUGCUGAGGACCUGCUGGAUGAGCAUGAGUACAACCUCCUCAAGCGCAAGGCAAAGAGUGGGAAGGAUCCCAUGGUAGGGGAGGAUGAAGCCUCCUCCAUUGCAUCGACCAUCAUGAAACCACUUCGUGCUGCUAAGAGUAGGGCACGCAACUUGUUGCCAGAGAACAGAAAGCUAAUUAACAAGAUGAAAGAACUCAAGGAUAUCCUGCUUGAAGCCAAGGAGCUUCGCGAUCUUCUUGGCUUACCACAUGGCAAUACCGUCGACUGGACACCAGCUGUACCUGGAACCGUUGUUCCUACAACAACAUCACUUCCCACUUCAAAGGUUUUCGGUCGCGACAGAGAUCGUGAUCGUAUAGUUGAUUUUCUUCUCGGCAACACGACAACUGAAGAGGCAAGUUCAUCGAGGUACUCAAGUUUGGCCAUUGUUGGAACGGGAGGAAUGGGGAAGUCCACCUUAGCACAGUAUGUCUAUAAUGACAGGAGGAUUGAAGAAUGCUUUGACGUCAGGAUGUGGAUCUGCAUCUCACGCAAACUUGAUGUGCGACGUCACACACAGGAGAUUAUCGAGUCUGCGAAAAAGGGGGAGUGCCCAUGUGUUGAUAAUCUUGAUACUCUCCAGUGCAAACUACGUGACAUACUGCAACAGUCACAGAAAUUCCUACUUGUCUUGACUCUUGGAUGA